CAUCCGCUUAUUUGGUCCUUUACCUCCAGCCGCUUCAGUUCCAUGUAUUUUACAAAAAACAUGGCAAGAUUUAGUUUUUUUACUCAACUCCUACUUUUGUCUUUUGCAGCCUUUUUGCUGGCGUCUGACACCAGUCUGAUUAAAGUCCCUCAAAGUCCUAAAGCUGCAGGCGUCUUCAUGCUUGUCGAAGGAGGAAAAUACACCUUCAACUUCACUACUGCGGGAGCUGCCUGUCUUUUUCUGAACGUCACCAUAGCAACCAAAGCCCAGAUGGAGCGAGCAGUGCAGCACGGACUGGAAACAUGCAAAUUUGGCUGGAUAGCUGAACGGAUCGCAGUCGUUCCACGACUUACAUCUGACAAAAACUGUGGAAAGGGCAAUACUGGGGUGGUGCUGUGGUACGCAAAGCCAGAACAGAUGUUUGGUGUCUUCUGCUUCAAUGCAUCAGAUUUAGAGGAAACUCCAGACAGAUCAACAGCCAGCCCACAAAGCUCCGCUCUCUCCACCACACCGACAGCACUGACCCAAACCUCAGCACCUGCUACAUCUCCACCAAGAUCAACAACCAAGUCUCCGCCUUCACUGACAACAAAGUUCUCUGAGCAGACGUCUUUCACUUCAGCUUUCAAAUUCCUCUUUCAGACAACACGGUCACCUAGGAUUUUAGCCACCACCACUCCUAAGCCUCUCUCCACCCAUAUUCCUACUUCUCUUUCUCACCCUCUCACCUCAAAACCAACUGUCACCAUCCGUUUGGCCUUUUCUACCUCUGCUCAUGCCUCCAGUUUCUCUGUUUCCUCCAAGUCAGCAACGCUGCGGCCGACAAACUCUACAAAACCUUCUCUGGGAGAUGUACCUACAACGCUCAUCAUUCUUGGCAUUAUCCUUCUGCUCCUGACAGCAGCAGGCAUCGUGUGGUACUACAAACUGAAUAUUUUCACCAUGUGGUCUCAGGGGCUGCAGAAGGACGACAUAGAGACAGAAAUGUGGAAGCACGCAGACAGUGAGACAGACCUGCACAGUCAACAUGAAGGAGAAGAAGAGGAAUCAGACAGGAAGUAUUCCAGUGAUAUCACGCUGUGCGUGAAUCCGGAUAUCAAAACAAACUCCUCAGAGUAGCUCUUUGGUAUUUCUAUGGGGAAAAUUUGUAAGGUUGAAUGAUUUACAGUCCCUAUGUUGCCAGUGAAUUCUUUGAUUGGUAAGUCAAAGUAAUUAUUACUGAGGUUGAAAAGCAGCACUUAUUUUUUUACCUUUUGUGUUUGUGUGCAUUCACCUCAAAAUAUCUUUCUUAUAAUUUUGAAAUAAAUAUACCUAGUUUUUUUUUUUUUUUAAAUCAAAUAUAUGUUGCUGAUCUUUGUAAACCACUUUAUUAAUGCAUCUUUAAAGUUGAAUGGCCUACACUGAACUGAUAAAAAAAUAAUAAUAUAUUUGUUACUUCAUUGUUUAACUACCCUUAGACCCACAGGAAAAAUAAAACAAACAAACAAAAAAAAAA